UGGUAUCUAAUUCAAUACCAUUCUCUUUGCCUUCCCCAUUAACAAAUUCAAGAGAAUGACCAAAUAAAAAACAUAGUUCCUUUCUAAAUAACAAAAUUUGAAGAACAUGAACACGAACAUGAACAUAAGCUCCAUCAAAACUGCCUCCAAUGGCAUAUGGCAAGGUGACAAUCCCCUCCAUUUCGCCUUCCCUCUCUUAAUCCUUCAAUCCGUUCUCAUCCUCGUUCUCACUCGCUUCCUCGCCCUCCUCCUCAAACCCCUCCGUCAACCCAAAGUCAUCGCCGAAAUCGUCGGUGGGAUUCUACUGGGUCCAUCCGCUUUCGGACGUAACAAAACUUAUUUAAACCACAUUUUCCCCUCAUGGAGUACUCCCAUUCUCGAAUCAGUCGCCAGUAUUGGUCUGUUGUUCUUCCUCUUCCUCGUUGGACUCGAACUCGAUUUGUCCUCCAUUCGUCGUAGCGGUAAACGAGCAUUUGGAAUUGCUCUAGCGGGAAUCUCCGUCCCAUUCUUUUCUGGCAUAGGUGUCGCCUUCGUCCUGCGUAAAACCGUCGAUGGCGCUGACAAAGUUGGUUACGGUCAGUUCAUUGUAUUCAUGGGUGUCGCUCUAUCCAUCACUGCUUUUCCUGUUUUAGCUCGCAUUUUAGCAGAGCUAAAGCUCCUCACCACCCAAGUUGGGGAAACAGCUAUGGCCGCCGCCGCAUUCAACGACGUAGCCGCUUGGAUCCUCCUGGCACUCGCCGUUGCCUUAGCCGGCAACGGCGGCGAAGGCGGAUCCGAGAAGAGUCCAUUGGUUUCUGUGUGGGUGUUACUUUCAGGAGCCGGGUUUGUGGUUUUCAUGAUGGUGGUCACUCGUCCCGGAAUGAAAUGGGUGGCGCGUCGAUGCACGUACGAGCACGAUGCCGUAGACGAGGCGUAUAUCUGUUUGACAUUGGUGGGGGUUUUGGUUUCGGGGUUUGUGACGGAUUUGAUCGGAAUUCAUUCCAUUUUUGGGGGAUUUAUAUUUGGAUUGACGAUUCCAAAAGGGGGAAGAUUUGCAGAGAGAUUGAUUGAGAGAAUUGAAGAUUUCGUUUCGGGUCUUCUUCUUCCUCUGUAUUUUGCUUCAAGUGGAUUAAAGACGGAUGUGGCCAAAAUUAAAGGGGGGAAAGCUUGGGGGUUGUUGGCGCUGGUUAUAUCGACGGCGUGCGCCGGUAAGAUUCUGGCGACGUUUGUGGCGGCGAUGGUGUUUUUGAUUCCGACGAGGGAGGCGCUGGCGUUGGGUGUGCUUAUGAAUACCAAGGGCUUGGUUGAACUCAUUGUCCUCAAUAUUGGGAAGGAGAAAAAGGUUUUAAACGACGAAGUGUUCGCCAUAUUAGUGUUAAUGGCACUAUUCACAACAUUCAUCACCACCCCCACCGUGAUGGCAGUUUACAAGCCAGCCCGAGGUGGCUCCACCCCACCUACCCACCGUAAACUUCGAGACCUCUCCGCCAAUGACUCCCCCGUCGAGGACGAGCUCCGGAUCCUCGCUUGUGUCCACAGCUCCGGCAACGUGCCGUCCCUCAUCACACUGACCGAGUCAACUCGCAGCACCAAAAAUUCCUCCCUCAAACUCUUCGUAAUGCACUUGGUCGAACUCACCGAGCGAUCCUCUUCCAUCAUGAUGGUCCAACGCGCCCGCAAAAACGGCUUCCCUUUCUUCGCCCGGUUCCGCAAGGCCAGCGAGUGGCGAGACCAAAUGGCUGCGGCCUUUCAGGCCUAUAGCCAAUUGGGCCGAGUCAAGGUUCGGCCCACUACGGCCGUCUCUUCCUUAGCUACCAUGCAUGAGGAUAUCUGCCACGUCGCGGAUGACAAGAGGGUUACGAUGAUUAUCUUGCCGUUUCAUCGGAAUUGGAGGGCAUUUGGCGGCGGCGAUGGGGCGGAGGAGGAGGUGGAGGAGAAUGUGGGCCAUGGUUGGAGAGUUGUGAACCAACGGGUUUUGAAGAAUGCGCCUUGCUCUGUGGCGGUUCUUGUGGACCGGGGAUUUGGGGCCGGUGUGGCCCAGACGCCUGGGCCUGGGCCUAUGAUUUGUGUGGGUCAAAGGAUUUGUGUUUUGUUUUUUGGUGGGCCAGAUGAUCGGGAGGCGCUGGAGUUGGGUGGCCGGAUGGCGGAGCAUCCGGCGGUGAAGGUGACGGUGGUUAGGUUUCGGCCGUCGUCGGCGGAUGGUAUGGAGGGUAGUAAUGUCAUUUUGCGUCCGACGCACUCGAAAUCAAGCGAUAACCAUUAUAGCUUCAUCACCACUCCGAUCAACCGGGAAAAAGAAAAGGAACAAGAUGAAACAGCAUUGGCAGAAUUCAAAAGCAAAUGGGAAGCAACAGUUGAGUACAAAGAGAAGGAGGUCAGCAGCACAAACAUGAUAGUUGAAGGGGUGGUAGCCCUUGGGAAGGAAAUGAGUUACGACCUAAUAGUGGUCGGGAAAGGUCGGGUUCCCUCGAGCUUGGUGAUGAAACUAGCGGACCGACCAGCGGAGCACGCAGAGUUGGGGCCAGUGGGAGACAUAUUGGCCAGCUCUGGCAAGGGAAUAGUAUCUUCAAUAUUAAUAAUUCAACAACAUGGAGGAGGUGGCCACGUAGAAGAAACUCCAGUUUUGAAGAUAGCACAAUCCAAUAAGAAUGAGAAUGAGUUGCCUAUGUCAAAUGAUGGAACCUCAAUUGAUCAUGUAUAAAUAAAAUUAUAGGUGUUUUCAACGUUGGUAUAUAGUUAAAAUGGUGCAUCAUAGUUAGUAGUUUAUUGUAUCAAUUCACAGAAAAAUAUAGCAUAAGCAUAUUGUUAUUCCAAUUACAGUUCAAUAUAAAAUCGUCAAGUUCCAUUACAUGGUUUUAGAUUGUGUUUAUCUUCUUGAAAAUGUAACAAGCAAAGUAAAUUAGGCCAUUCUUAGUUUUUGGUCCUUUGCAAGGGUGCUUUUUUACGAACCAAAUUAAAGAUAAUCAUAAACUCAGAAAGCAGAUUCUUUAGAAUUGUUGGAUUUGUUCUUGGAUUUGUUCACAAAAUCAAAUCGCUUUAAGGUCAUCAAUUAAGAAUCAAAAGUAUAAUAGAAAUUAAACUAGACCUAACUAUGAAAAUAUCAUCAUAAAAAGGAAAUGGUCAAUAUUUGCAAGGUGUGAAAGAAAUGCUCAAAGUAGGCCCAAAAGAGGCACAUUAAAGGGCAUCAUCAUUGUCGUCGGCCCAUAGGCCCAAAGCCCUAACAAAGCAAGCGGAACCAGCCACUACAACCGCGGCAAAAAUAGGAGGAACGAUCAAAUCAAUCCCCGAUUUUCUAAACAAACGAUCCGGAACGCAAAGAACAUCUCCCGGAAUAUCCAUCGGAACCCUAACCAAACCAUCGGACUUGCACUCGGCAGCAAAAGACGAGGACGGAGAAAUAGCCGAAGCGAAGGCGAGUUCGGGCGCGAAGGAGGCAGCGGCGACGGUGAGCGUCAAAAGAAGGGUCCAGGAGGCGGAGAAGACGAGGAGCGGCCACCGAGAUCGGAGACGGCGGUAGAGAAAGCGGAGCAUGUUUUUCAUUGGAUUUUUGAGGAGGGAGUAUGGGAAAAGAAAUAGGAGAAGAGGAAAGGGAUUGGGGAGUGGGUGUGAGUGAGGAUUAGGGUUUGGUUUAAUGGAUGAGCUAAUUAUUUUAGAAGGAAGAAGAUGGAUGGAUUAGGUUUUGACUGAUGAUGAGGUAUUGGUGGUUGAAAUGGAGAAGAUUUGUGCGCUUCCCAUUCCUUCUUCAAUCUUACUUUUCCCCAUUCAUUUUAUUUUAUUUUAAGUUUUGACCUUUCAACUUUUUGAUUUAGUAGAAUUACCAAAUUUGUGAAAAUAUUUAUAAAAUGUAAUACCAAACUUCAUAUUCUAUUACGAAGGAAUUCACGAAGUACAUAGGUGAUGAAUAGCUAAUUCCACAAAAAUAAAAACUUCCCUGAUUUGUGUCCA